UCGUUUCUCGUUUCUCGUACUUUGUGAGUCCUCAAGUCCUUAGUCCUUAGUCCUUAGUCCUUAUCAACUCCGAAUCACCUAGAUAUUUCCUCUCUAUCAUAUCUCACCCCUCUAUUCAAAAACUCGCAACCAACUGAUUCGCGCAUUUGUGGGGCGCUAUCUGACUGUUUUUACCUCUUCACAUCUUUACAAAUAAUACAAGACUUGCUUUUUGACCUUUCAAUAUCCUCAAACCAAAGUGUAAAGUCGCAUUUUGAACUAACAUUAUUUGAUACUUGAGAUCCUACCUAAUUAGAACGCUUAUCUGCUACUUGCGGAGCUUCCCCUCAAGAAUUCUCCCGUCUGACCUACAAUUCGGACGACAAUAUGGUCAAGGAGACAAAGUUCUACGAUGCGCUUGGCGUCUCGCCAACCGCAACAGAGGCAGAAUUAAAGAAGGCAUACAAGACAGGAGCUUUGAAAUGGCACCCUGAUAAGAAUGCCCACAACCCCGCGGCCGAGGAAAAGUUCAAGGAGAUCUCACACGCCUACGAAAUCCUAUCCGACCCCCAGAAGCGUCAAAUCUAUGACCAAUAUGGUGAAGCCGGCCUCGAGGGAGGUGCUGGUGGCGGCGGCAUGGCUGCCGAGGAUCUCUUCGCACAGUUCUUCGGCUCAGGCUCAUUCGGCGGUGGUCUUGGCGGCAUGUUCAGUGGGAUGGGUGGCGGACCCCGUGGUCCGCCUAAGGCGCGUACUAUCCACCAUACACACAAGGUAUCCCUGGAAGACAUUUACCGGGGUAAGAUCUCUAAGCUAGCCUUACAACGGUCCGUCAUUUGCCCCAAGUGCGAGGGUCGCGGUGGUAAGGAAGGUGCUGUUCGACGUUGCCCUGGCUGUGAUGGCCACGGUAUGAAGACCAUGAUGCGACAAAUGGGUCCGAUGAUCCAACGCUUCCAAACUGUCUGUCCUGAUUGUAAUGGAGAGGGCGAGAUUAUUAAGGAGAAGGAUCGCUGUAAGUCAUGCAAUGGCAAGAAGACCAUCGUCGACAGGAAAGUACUUCACGUUCACGUCGACCGUGGUGUUAGAAGCGGCACGAAAGUCGAGUUCAAGGGUGAAGGUGACCAAGCCCCUGGUGUCCAGGCUGGAGAUGUCGUCUUCGAGAUUGAACAGAAGCCACACCCCCGGUUCACUCGGAAGGAGGACGAUCUACUCUACCGUGCCGAGAUCGAGCUUGUCACAGCCCUAGCUGGUGGUACGAUUUACAUUGAACAUCUGGACGACAGAUGGCUGAGUGUCGAAAUCCAACCCGGCGAGGCCAUCGCACCAGAUGCUGUCAAGAUGUUAAGAGGACAGGGUAUGCCUUCCCACAGGCAUCACGAUUAUGGCAACAUGUACAUACAAUUCUCCGUCAAGUUCCCCGAACCUCACUGGACAGAUGACCCUGCCGCCUUCGAAGGUCUGCGCAAAAUUCUUCCCGCUCCAACUCUGCAGAAUAUUCCUCCUGCGGACGCUAUGACGGACAGCGUGGAACUAGAAGAUUUGGAGAACCAAGGACAGGCCCGAGCAUUUGGUGGCGGUGCAGGAGGCAUGGAUGAGGAUGACGAAGACGGUCACCCUCACGCCGAACGCGUGCAAUGCGCAUCCCAAUAGACGAUAUAUCUAACGGGGGAGAUUAUUAGUUCGGCUGUGGGGUAGGUACUUCACAGUGUUUCGUGCCUGUGCCUCGCAUAAUUUGCCUAUACUCCUACACCAUCAGGGAUUCCUUUCCGGUUGGGUUAGAGAGGGAGAGAUUAUUUACGGCGUAGCGUUUCUAUUGUUUGAGGACACGAAUGAUUUGCAUGUCAGGGGUAAGCGCGGAAGGAGAGGAGUCUGCUAUAUGGAUGAUAUGAACAAGGGUCCGCUAUUCUGGUAGGAGGGCAAGGUUCACUUUUUUCUCUGCAGCUCUCCUUUUUUUUAUAUCAUCGAUUACACCGAGCAUCAUUCCGCACGUGAUGCUCUUGCGAGAUUGGCGUUCGACGGACAUAGAGAGAGGAACCAGGACAGACGUGCUUUAUACAUGAUUGCAAUACUGGUAUUGAUUUCAUUGGAAACAAUUAUGUCCCAACUACAGUGACGUAACGGCGUUUGUGACCUUUGCGACCUUUGCUAACGUGUCUUACAAACUUAUGCGAUGUGACUUGUUACGACUUAACUGUCUAGUAAAGUUAGGGCGCAACAGAGCCCUUGGGGGACCCAAGCCCCCCAAGCCCCCCUUCACCC